CUGAGAAAUAUAUUUUCAGUUUACUGAGUGGAUUCUGUAUAAGGCAACUUCAUUUUACAGCCAUAUACAGUCCAACAAAAACCUUCCUCGUUGAAGAAAAGGAGAUAUUCUGCAAUAGGAUCCUGCAUGGUUGGUGCGUUAAGCAGACAUGGCGCUGGAGGAAGGGGCACGGAGCUGUCUGUUGCGCUUCCGCAAAAAACUAGAGCAGGACAUCAAGCCCUCUUACCUGAUGGAUCACAUGAUCAGUGAUGAUGUGCUGACAGUGGACGAGGAAGAGAAGAUCAAAUUCCAGCCCACCAGGAAAGAUCAGGCUGUGGCCCUACUGGAGCUGCUGCUGAGGAAAGACAACCGUGCCUAUAUCUCCUUCUACAACGCCCUGAUCAAGGAGGCAUACGAUGAUUUAGCCAAUCUGCUUCACGAUAAUCUGCCACGCAUCUCACCUGAGGCAUAUAAGAGUACCUCUGAUACCUUCACAUCCUAUGUCCAAACGGUGCUAAGUGAGGGCGGUGUACCCCAGAGGCCUGUUGUAUUUGUCAGCAGACCGGCGAUGGUGAACCAGAUCAGGGACAAACUUUACCGGCUCCAGAAGGAACCUGGCUGGAUCACUGUUUUCGGCAUGGCUGGCUCAGGCAAAUCUAUCCUGGCUGCUGAGUCUGUCAGACACCAAGGACUUAUCGAAGAGUGCUUUCCCGGAGGCAUCCACUGGCUGUCCAUCGGCCAGCUGGACAAACCCGACCUGCUGGUGAAGAUCCAGUCAUUGUGCUUCCGUCUGGAGCAGAGCCUGGAUGCCCAGUCCCUCCACCGGCCGCCCAACUCUUUGGACGAGGCCAAGGAACGCCUACGCUUCCUCAUGCUGCGCAGAUAUCCGAGAUCUCUGCUGAUUCUUGAUGACGUCUGGGAGAGCACAGUGCUAAAGGUGUUUGAUGUCCAGUGUCGGAUACUUUUCACCACCAGAAAUAGAAGCCUUACUGAUUCAGUUAGUGGUGUUAAAUAUGGGGUGGAAGUGGAGAGUGGUAUGGAUGAAAACAAAGGACUGGAGAUCCUCGCUCUGUACACUAAUAAUAAACCCCAGGGGCUACCUGAGGAGGCUCGCAGCAUUGUCAGAGAAUGUAAAGGCUCCCCUCUGGUGGUGUCCCUUAUCGGGGCUUUACUCAAAGAGAAGCCCAACCGUUGGCGUUACUAUCUCUGCCAGCUGCAGCAGAAGCAGUUCAAACGUAUAAGGAAAUCGUCCUCUUAUGACUACGAUGCCCUGGACCAGGCCAUGGCUGCAAGCAUUGAGGUUCUACCUGAUGAACAUCAAGAACUAUACAAGGACCUUACUGUGAUAGAGAAGGACAUCAAAGUCCCUGCUAAGGUGCUGUCUAUCCUGUGGGACCUGGAACCAGAGGAAGUCGAGGACAUUCUCGAAGAGUUUGUCAACAAAUCUCUGCUUUUUAUGGACAGUAACCACAAACCUUACCUGUACUACCUCCAUGACCUCCAGCUGGACUUCCUGGAAGAGAAGAAUCGCACCCAGCUAGAGAGCCUUCACAGUAAGGUGGUGCGUCAGUACCAGCAGCACUACAGAGAUGGACCUCCCACUUCAGGAGAUGAUGAAUGUCUCUACUGGAUCCGAUUCUUGACUUACCACAUGGCCAAAGGCAACCUCUCCCAGGAGCUUAAUUCCCUCAUGUUUUCUCUGGACUGGGUCCGCAUAAAAGCCCAAAUAAUGGGUCCAGCUCACCUCAUCAAUGACUACGUGGAGUAUGGACCCAUUCUGGACAAAGAGAACAGUGAAGUACGCAGUCAGUUCCAGGAGUUUCUGUCUCUGAACGGCCACCAACUGGAGCAACGUCCCUUCCCUGACGUGGUGCAGCUUGCUCUGUCUCAGCCACACACCUCUGAGGUCUACCAACAGGCUCUGCUGCAGGCGCAGGAGAGGGCCAGUACCGGGAAACUCUACUUUGACUGGCUGAAUAAGAGCAGUUUAGAGAGCCUGUCCCGUCUGGUGAUCCACCCCCACCAGGGCUCCAUCUAUUCUGCCUGCUUCUCCCACGAUGGAGCCAAGAUCGCCUCCUGUGGAGCCAGCAAGACUCUCAAGGUAUUUAAAAGCACCUCGGGUGAGAAGCUCACGGAGAUCCAGGCCCAUGAUGACGAGGUGCUCUGUUGUGCCUUUUCCCCUGAUGACCAUCUCCUAGCAACCUGCUCCAGUGACAGGAAAGUAAAGGUAUGGAAUGUGGAGCGAGCCAUGCUGCUGAGGGUCUUUGAUGUGGAGCAUGAGGAGCAGGUCAACCACUGUGAGUUCACCAACACAACACGACGCCUCUUGCUGGCCACCUGCUCCAACGACAAGUGCCUGAAUGUGAAGUUGUGGAACCUCAACAAACCAUCGUCACAGAACACCAUGUUUGGCCACUUUGAGUCAGUCAACCACUGCUGUUUCUCCCCUGACGACGCCUUUCUGUCCACCUCCUCCAACGACGGUACCGUUAAGCUGUUUGACGCGUCGUCCGCCAAUGAGUGGAAGACAAUCGACGUGAGGAGCAUGUUCACGGAUAACGAUGAAGAAGUCUUCGUCAAGUGCAGCACCUGGACUGCUGACGGCAAACGCAUCAUAUGUGCUGCCAGGAACGCCGCUUUGGUGUUUGACGUGGAGACAUCAGACAUGUUGUUGGAGAUCAGGACCAAUCGUCUGAGCACGGUGCAAUACUGUCAAGCCUGUCCGACUAGUAACUUGCUGGCCAUCGCGUUCUCAAACUACGCUGUGGAGCUGUGGGACUUAGAGGCCAAUAAGAAGAUGGCUGACCUCAGUGGUCACCUGAGUUGGGUCCACCGUGUCCAGUUCUCCCCCGACGGCUCACAGCUGCUCUCCUGCUCUGAUGACCAAACUGUCAGGCUAUGGGAGACUAAUAAGGUGCACACCUCCUCAGCCGUCUGCCUGAAGAGAGACUCUGAUGUUCUCUUCAAUGAUGAACAAAUCAUAGUGUCGGCUGCAGACAACUGCAACAGACUGCAGGUGCGUGAUGGCAGAACAGAUUCAGUACUGUUCCAGUCGGAGGAGAAGCCAUCCAGGAUCCGGUGUACUUGCAUGUGCAGGCAGCCCUCUGCUGUGGUCCUGGGCCAAGAGGAUGGCACUGUACAGGUGUUGGAGGUGCCAUCUGGGAAGAUCCUAGCCACUCUGCUGGGACACACCAAGACGGUGCUGCACUGCCAGUUCAGUCAGAAUGGCCAAACACUCAUCACAUCUUCAGAGGACACCACCAUAAGGGUGUGGAGGUGGCAGUCAGGGGAGUGUAAAGUCCUGAAGGGUCACAAGGAGCAGAUCAGAUGCUUCUCUCUGCUCUCCACCUCACCUGCUGAUACAAGACUGCUGUCCUGGUCCUUCGAUGGUACCAUCAAGGUGUGGGAUGUGGAAAGCGGAGAGAAGCUGCAGGACACCGAGGCUCACCAAGGCGCCAUCCUGUCAUGUCAUGUCUCGCCAGACGGAUGCCUCUUCGCCACCACCUCUGCUGACAAGACUGCUAAGUUGUGGGGCUGUGACUCCUGGCAGUGUAUCCACACGCUUAGCGGCCACCAAGACUGUGUCCGAAGCUGCCGAUUCUCAUGGGACAGCCGACGCCUCGCAACAGGCGAUGACAACGGAGAGAUCCGGCUCUGGAGUGUCAAUGAUGGCACUUUGCUGAAGAUUUGUUCGCGGGACGGUAAAGACGGAAUGGACUCACUCCACGGAGGCUGGGUGACCGACCUGCACUUCUCCCCAGAUAACUCUCUCCUGGUCUCCACUGGGGGAUACAUCAAGUGGUGGGAUGUGGAGAGAGGUGAAGCUCUGCAGACCUUCUACCCCUCAGGAUGCGCUUUGAAGAGGAUCCACGUGUCAUCCGACUUCUCCACCUUCGUCACCAUCGACAACAUCGGCAUCCUCUACAUCCUCCAGAGGGUCGUGUGAUGAUGACGCUGCUACCUUAAAAAGGAGAAAAAAACUACAGCGUUACCGAUUUACAUUGAAGUGAACACAUUCGGUUGCAUUAAGGACGAUCGCAGAAGGUUAAACUACAAACUGCAGCAUCCCUGAGUCAAACACACACUUCUCAGAUAUAUAGUUAGCAUUUCUACUGCAGUUAUUAGCAGUUUGCAGCAUUAAAACAGAGCGUUUUAUCAAUCAGUUCUGUAGAAUUAGCUGACCUUGCUAAUUUCAUUAGUUUACACCCUCUUUAAAUGAAAACCACUGCAGGGACCGUCAGCUUACAUUCCAGCUGGAGUGAUUAUGCAUCAGCCUUAAAAUUCCUGCUCCUGAUCUAAUACUUAAACACAUCAAGACAGUGGAUGCAGAUACAUGGUUUUGUACAUAAAGGAGCAGAAUCCCCUUUAAGAGGGAAAAAAAGGUACAUCAAAAAGCAACAAGUUUACUACGUCAUUCCUGACGCUCAGGUCCUCGCAAGCAUCCUUUGAAUCAUUUAAACCUAAUAAAAAGGUUCAUAUCAACCUACAUCAGUUGGAUUGUGAAUAAUAAAUGUAAAUCCAUAUGCAUUGGGGCUGAAUGUUAUUGCAUGUAAUGUGAGAGAUUUUCCACUCCGCCGUAUAUAAUCGAUAUGAGCCAUCGUGAGCGUCCUCGGAUCUGUUAGAAGUCAUGAAGCGCAUUAGACUUGUUUAUGCUGUGAUAUGUUGUAAACCAUCUUUUUUUAAAAAUAUAUAUAUAUAUAUGUUUGUGUUUUCAUGGCAGGAUUUUCCUCCAGGGUAAAGAAUCUUGGUCUUUAGUAUGAGCAGUUCUGAGCCUUUUAUUUCCACUGCAGCCUUAUUCUGAACAGGAAUUCUGUAAAUACUAGAGGGUGUGUGAUUUGUGUACGUGGGGUUUUCCCUUCUCAGUCAACCAGCAUACAUUGACUGUACUACUGGUGCACUUUGAUAGGCGUUAAUAAUUGAUAGCAUGAUUAAGUUUUAAUGAUUAGGCAUUUAAAAUUGAAUUCAAGCCUUUUGAAAGCCUGUGAGACUAUUUUGUAUUUCCAAAACUAUUUGUACUUUUGAACUUGGAUCAAAGGUUUUCUACAAAAAAUACUGAAAAAAAAAAAAAAAUCACAGUAUGUUAUUUAAAAUUCAACACCAAACACCAAAAUGUUAUGUAAUUUUUUAAAACACAAUAUUCUACUUAAAAUUUUUAUCUGUGCAAUGUCUUACUACUGAGCCAUUCUUCCUGUUCUGUGCACUUUGAAGCAGCAGUUACAAUCUUCGACAUGAUGCUUUAAUUAACUUGGCUUUGUCCAGACUCUACAAAUGCAUCCAUACUUUGAUUUGACUAGACAGCCGAGUGCUUCUUCUCAAGUGCCCCUCCACUAUCAAACCCAUUCAUGACAGUGGGGAUAAUAGCACGUAGAGACAAUAAAUGAAUUAAAAGCAAGGAUGCGUUUCAACAUUUCUGAACAAUGCUUUUCCUGAUUGGUGCUUUAAAGUCAGCAUAAAUUCAAUCAAGAGAUUUCCUUCCUGUGAGGAGGCCUCUGUCAAGCAAAAUCAUUCAAAUAUUGAUGUCUGCUCAGGAUGUAUUGAUACUGUUAUAUGAUAUGGUGCAAUGUGAGUGUAAUUUAUAACAAAUUAAACCA